GAGUGGAGUAUCAACGUCAAUAGAAAGGAUCUGAACUUUUAAACGACUUAUAUAUUAGCCCUGUGGAAUUUUUUCUUCUAUCUGGAAUUUCCCCAAUGAGUACCACGCCUGUUAUAUUUAAUUUGAUCAACUGCAUCAUUGGAGUCAGUGUUUUGGCGAUGCCUUUCUGCUUUCAAGAGUGUGGCAUCGUACUUUGUGGAGUAGCAAUUGUAAGUAGCUCCUUGCUUACAAAGAAGUCUUGUGGGUUACUUCUUAAGACAGGUCAGGUGGCACGGAGACGGAACUAUGAAGGGUUAGCAUUGGUUACUUAUGGUGCUCCAGGAAAGUUUGCUGUGGAAGCAAGUAUUAUUGGUCUUCUUCUAGGAACUCUUAUAGCAUUCAAUGUUAUCAUUGGAGACUUGGUUCCUUCAAUAUUUCAGAAUUUAAGUGGAUUACAGGUGUCAUGGACUAUGAGAGCAGUUCUCAUGACAGUACUUGCAUUUGGUGUUGGGUUACCCUUGUCGUUGAUGAGAAAUCUUCAAAGCUUAGCUUCCUUCAGUUCUGCUGCCCUGCUGUUUUAUGGAUUUUUUGUUCUACAGGCAUUUUUGAGUGCAUUGCCAAAGAUCAUGGAAGGAUCUUGGUUGUACGACUUAAAUUACUGGCGACCAGAGAAACUUCUCCACUAUUUGCCCAUCUUUGCAUUAGCAUUUACUUGCCAAACGCAGCUGUUUGCACUCUAUGAAACCUUACCUGAACCUUCAGUUAAAAAAAUGGAAGGUGUUGUCAAUACUGGAAUCAACAUUGUGGCUUCUGUAUAUUUUUUGGUUGGAUUUUUUGGCUACGUCAGCUUCUACAGUGUUGGUGUCAAGGGUGACAUGUUGACAAACUAUGGAAACACUUUUAUUUCACAGAUAAUAAAGUUAGGCUUUGUGAUGUCAGUUAUUGUCAGCUUUCCCCUAAUGGUUUAUCCUCUACGAGCAAGUCUACAUUCUUUGAUAUUUCAGCAGCAGUCAGGAAGUUCAGAAAAUUUACCAGGAGGUGCCAACUUCAUUCCACAAGAUAGAUUCACUUAUCUCACCCUUGCUAUCAUAUCUAGCACCCUGAUGUUGGGCAUUCUCUUUCCACAAAUUGAAUUUGUGUUAGCAUUGACUGGAGCAACAAUGGGCACUUUGAUAGCAUUUGUAUUCCCAUCCACCAUGUUUUUACAUGUUGUAACUGAAAAGACAUCUGCAAGGUUUGUAGCCAAGGUUGUCUUUGGUUUGGGUGUAAUUUUCUUUGUGGCAGGCACAUACACGGUGCUAACUACUCAAGAAGAAAGCUCACACCACCAAGUUGACAUCCAUCCACCAGGAAUUGAUCCUAUUAAGCCGGUAGACUUCCAUAAUCCUCCACAGUCAAGAACUAAUGACACCCUGCUCCAUGUUGGUGUCAGAGAAGCACCAGUUGAUGUAGACAUAGCUAAGAUUGGUCUAGGGCAGGAUAGAAAUAUUGCCAAAGAUGAAAAAAGCUUAAAUGAUGUCAAGCCAGCUGAAAAACCCAUUGCUGCCACAGUUAAUGAAGGAUUAGAGCAGACAGAGAAUGUUGUUAGACCUAUUGAGGGUGAGGUUAAGCGACAAGAACCUCCAGUGCCUCAUGCCCCACAGGAUGAUCCACUUCAGAAAAAAGACAAUGAAGAACCUUUGAAGAAUGAUAAGCGACAACUAAUGAGUAAAGAAGAUGACAAGUCAAACAAUGUGGACAACAUGGAGGAGAAAACUAAUAAUGUGAAUGCAGGCAUCAAGAAAGCUGUUAAUGCUGAACCAAUCAAGGUCUCACAACAAGAAAUUGAUGAGGAGUUGAAGAAGCUGGAGCAGCCAAAUAAGGUAACUGCAGAUACCAUAAAGGAAUCUGAUUCCAAGGAUUCAGAAAAAUUGGAUAGUCUUUCAAAUGAAGCCAAAUCUUCACAAGAUAUACAAGAUAAAACUCUGAUGAAAAGGGAGUUGGAAUUGAAACAGAAUUUGGAAAUUCAGGAGAAGAAAGGACAAGACUUAAACAUCAUGAGAAAUGAUGAUAUCAUUGUUUCGCAGCAAAGUGGAAAUCAAACAAAUUUACAGGACAAAGGAGUCAGCAAUCAAAUUAAUCAAGAUUCAGAAUCCAAAGACUAUUCUCCUCGUGAAAGAGUUUUGGCUGCUAACCACAGUACACCUCUUGCAGGAGAAAUUCCCAAAGAGGAGGAGAGCAUAAAAAUUAGAGACCUUAAAUCAAAUUCAAGACCUGUAGAGAAACGGAGCAGUUCUCUAAUGCCAAGGUCCAUAAAGAGUUUUCUUUCAAAGCAAAGGUCAAGGCGCUCUAAAAGAAGUCGACAACAGGGAGAGACCAGUUAAUAAAUCAAUUUGCACAUGUGUAUCAGCACUAUUCGCAAAUAGCUGAGGGUGUAGAAGGUAGCUGCACUGAAAUGAAAACACUUACCUUCCCCUACAACUGAAUUCCCAUCAAAAGGAGAAGGAAUGUUCUCAUUGUUUUAGUCCUAAGUAUUUGUAGUUAUUGUUCAUCAGUAACAAACUUAGCAAAGCUUAAAAGACUGCGGGCAGUCUUUUUAGCUAUUUGAUACAACAAUAAUUCUUACUUUUCUGUUCGUUUAUUCUUGAUGGUGAGUUCACUUAGAAGUCUACUCAUAUUUGUAUUGGAUUGGUUGUUGCCUGUCUAGGCCUGGAGAAUGGAAUGAUAACUUUUUUGAUAAGACAUGCAAUUUAAACUGAGAAGUAAUUCUUGAUAAUUAAAAAUUGCAUGAUGUGGAUGUACUCUUUUGACAGUAUUGAAAUGUUGUGGUAAUUUGAAGUAAA